AUGCAUCUACGAAACAGCGUAGCAGCUACCGCGCUUCUCGCGUCACACGUAUACGCACAAUCGAGCACAGCGGAUGCUUCCGGGCGGCCCAUCGUGAGCGUCCUGGCCAUCGGAGCAGCAGGAGAUCAAGCCAAUCUUCUCGCAUCGGUCGUCGACAAUGACGCAACAGCAACAACCCUCCUCAUAGGCUGCGACCCUGCCCCAGGCGACGACUCAACAGAAUUGCCAGAUCUCUGCAACCUCUUCUCCGGCUUUACCGUCAUCCAGGGAGCCUCUACAUUCGCCGCGGGCUACUCCUACGGCGUUGAGUCUAUGACCGUGGGCUGCGAACUCACUGGCAGCCCAACGGCCACCACCGGAGCCUGCAAGCAGACUGUGGUCGCGUCGUUGGACGAUCUGGGUGUUGGAGACGGGCUGACUACGGAUGAGGGUUUGACGGCGACUGGGGAUGCGAGUGGCAGUGGGACUGGUUUGACGACGGAGGUUACGACGACGACGUUCGCGGGUAGUGAUAUUACGUACUAUCCGGUGACGAUAACGGCGGGCACGCUGAAGAGUGGCGGUGGAGGAUCGGAGUCGGCGAGUGAGACAGGUAGUAGCAGUGCAAGCGAGUCAGCGAGUGGAACUGGUAGUGGCAGCAGUGCUUCGGCGACCGGCGGCGGCAGCUCUACGACUAGCGCUGCGGCCAGCGGGUCUGGUGGGAGCUCGGGAUCUGGCUCGGCGAUCGUUUUGGUACAGGUCUCUGGUUUGGCCUUGGCUGGAUUUGUUGCGGUAGCUAUGAUUGUACUGUAG